AUUAUUUAUUACCUUAGGUGGGAAUGUCUUAUUGAUAAAUCUGUAGCCUAAAAGACUGAGGCACGAACUUAGUCACUAUGCUACUUAGAAAGUUCUGUCUGUGGAAAUCGCUAUGUUUUAUAGUUCUGUGGAAACAACGACAAUAGAGGUCAUUUCAAGAUAUUUUAGAAUGGCCAAACAAUCAAAUGUUAAAUCUAGACGUAAAUUACUGAAUCCAGUUUUUCACCUACAAAGUAAAGAGGAAGAUGACAGUCAACUUACUAGAGGUAUUAUCAAAAUUGUUCGAAGGACAGGGCAGCUUAACUUAUCGGGACGUAGUUUGGCUCAUGUACCUGAAAAAAUGUUUACUAUGUAUGAGUUAACAGAUGAAGAUACAGCGAAAUAUAUUGACUUCAAUAAAGAACCUGAGGAGGAGAACUGGUGGCAGUUUAAACCCUUGAGUUAUUUAGAUCUAAGCUCAAAUGUCCUGCAAGAGAUUCCUGGAAAAAUUGGAAUGUUUGAAGAUUUAACUGCGCUAAAUUUGCAAGAUAACAACAUAACAAGUUUACCUCCUGAAAUUGGUAAAUUAACCAAGUUAACAAAACUAAACCUUAGCCAUAAUAAAAUUAAUGUGUUGCCACCGGAAUUUUAUAAGUUAGUGGAAUUACAGGUACUCUCAUUAGCUCAUAACAACUUAGAGAAAAUAUCGAAAAAUUUUGGGGAUUUGGUUAUGCUACAACAAUUGGACGUGUCACAUAAUGUUUUAACUAAAUUACCACCAGGAAUGGGGUUUUUAGUUCGACUAACUGAAAUAAAUCUCUCACAUAACAAACUAAUUGAAUUACCACCUGACAUUGUUAACUUAAGGGGUCUGUUGAAACUGGAUGUAACACACAAUGAUUUAGUUUACUUGCCAAAAAUGGGAGAACUUGCCAAAUUACAGUUUUUGUAUGCCCAACAUAACAAUAUCGAAGAAAUUCCAGACUUUGAGGGGUGUACGCAUUUACAACAAGUCUAUUUUGGAAACAAUUACAUUAAAGAAGUAACACCUGACUUUUGUGAAAAUACGUCGAACUUGAAAAUCCUUGAUUUACGAGAUAACAAGAUAGAACAAAUUCCCAACGAAAUAGCGAUGUUACAACACUUGAUUCGACUCGAUUUAACUAAUAAUGAUUUGACCGAUCUUCCCAAUUCACUGGGUUUAUUAGCGCACUUACAAAAUCUUCAGCUGGAAGGGAACAAACUGAAAAAAAUUAGAGCUGAUAUUAUUAAAGGCGGAACUAUGCGAAUUUUAAAGCAUUUGAAGGAGCAGCUUGCUGACGAAGAAGUUGAAAAUGUUCCUAAAGCCUCUACUACUCAGAUUAAAGCCAAGACAUUCCCUGAUAGAUACACUAUGAAGCAUUCACGAGCAUUAAAUGUAACGAUGAAGCAGCUUACUUCAGUACCUGAUGAUGUUUUUGAGGAAGCUAAACUAGCGGAAGUUACUAUUGUUGAUUUAUGUAAAAAUAAAUUAUCUUCAGUGCCUAGUGGACUACAGUUAAUAGCUGAAAAUUUGACAGAAUUAAAUUUGUCCAUGAAUUUAAUUAGCGAGAUUCCUGCAUUUAUCAGUAACUGUAUAAAAUUGAAAUAUUUUGAUUUAGGCAACAAUUUAUUGUCAAAUUUGCCAGAAUGUUUAAGUUCAUUAGUUAGUUUGAGAGAACUUGUAUUAAACAACAAUAGAUUUAACCACAUACCAGAUUGUGUAUACGGAAUGGUAGGAUUAGAAAUAUUAUUAGCUUGUGAUAAUAAAAUAACUGAUGUUAAUGUGGAUGGAUUGAAAAAUCUUAAAAGAAUAGCAACUUUAGAUUUGACGAACAACAACAUAGGUCAUAUACCACCUGAACUGGGAAAUAUUACUCAACUCCGGACCCUGGAGUUAAGAGGAAAUUGCUUUAGGCAACCACGCUAUGCCAUUUUAGAACAAGGAACUGCUUCCGUAUUAAGUUACUUGAGGGAUCGAAUUCCAAAAUAGAUUAUAAUCGUAAUAUUUACGGUAUUGUAACCAUAUCCAUAUUACUUGUUGUUUCAUCCACGUUUUCUUUACUCUUUUCUUCUGUUUACUUCGUCUUUUGUCAUUGUUGUUAAAAGAAAUAGGUUGCAAGUUGGUAGAUGGUCUAAGCUUGUGCAAACUUUCGCUUUUGUUUCCACGUAAUCAUCUCAAGAUUUGGAAGCCCGAUGAUUACAUGAACAGGAACAGGAGUUAGCUUGUUUUCUCCUCCAAUUCUUUUCGUUUCUUCUUUUCUACCUACGAUUUUGCUGACAUCUCCACCACUCAAUUCAUAAAGAAACAUCCCUUAAACAAAUAACUUCAAUAAAUCGUAAUCACUUUUAUUAAAUAACUAAAACAAGUACAUAUCGCACUGAAAAAAAACGCAGUCUAUUCUGAACAUAAAAAAUAAAAUCACCUUAAUUAACACGCUAAAACAGUUUACCUUUUCAAAGUCUAUGUGAUCGACGUAUUGGUGUUUCUGUUACAGAAUUAUUUAGAUCAGAUUCCUUAUUUUCGUUUAUUACUUGAUCAUGAAACAACACUGAUUUAGUUCGACUUUUCUGAUUUGAUUUCACAGACGCAUCCUUCAAUAUACUUUUAACUACAGACUAAAAUAGUCAGACGUAACAAGUGACAAUUUUUAUACAAAAUAUUAAAUUUUACCUCGACAUUUUUUGCAAACUGUGCCACCUUCAUCAUUGUAAGUUCAGGGGAACUAAUUUCUUCUAAUUUGUUCAUCAGUUUUUACAACAGAAAAUCUGUUGUUGCUUCGAUUUAGUAGAGUUAUCUGAUGUCCUGUUUGUUUCUUUUUGCGAGCAACUUGAAUCGCUUCUCUAAGAGCAGAAACCUUUUUCUUUCCUACGUUCUUCCUAAUUUCAUGUACAAUUUCUUGUCUUUAAAUUGUUCAAAUUUGCCAGUCUCUUGUUUCUAUAUUGACAAUUUGUAGAUAAACUGCUAGUUUUUUAUUUUUUUUUAACUUUAAUCAUGGUACAAACUGAUUUGUUAUUAACUUGAAAAAUAAUUUGAAUUUCAAAUAUUUUACUUGACUGUACAAACGUCGUACAAAAUAGGCAGAAUCAGCUUUUGGCGACGUGUAAUCCGAAAUAUCAUUGUUUGAAAAAUUGUUCCUGGUUGUCUCCAGAUUAUGAAGUCCAGUGCUUACAGGGACUAUCGACAUUUUGAAAAUCGAUUAUUUCCUUGGUCUACAUUUUUUUCCGUUUCUCUUUUUCAUCCUUCCAUUUUGCAAACAUUACUAAGCCUCUGCUCAAUCAAAUAUUCGCUUGUUUGUUUUACCUUAAACUACAUUUAUCAAAUCUGGAGACACAUUUUUGGAUUCUACUUUUCCCAAAAACUAUAUCCCAAUGUACUUUACAUACAGUAUUUUGUCCAGUUUAAAAACUGGACUAGUGAAUACCCAUAUCGUAGUUUAAAGGGUGCCAUUAGAUUAUAUGUACUCGUAUAAUACGUAUAUAUUUUAUGUAGUGUAAUGUAAAUAUUGUAUUUAUAAAAUAUUUUAGGUGUUUUAUUGUAACAUAGUGCUGUUUAAUAUAUAGUAGUAUUUGUUUAAUCCUAAAAAAUCUAGUUUUGUAAUGUCUUGAAGUCCUCUCCAUGUUGUAUUGCUGUAUGUAUGAUUUAUGUAAUAAACUGUAAAUAAACACUUAAAUAUAAA